GUCCAAACCAAUCUCCAGUUUCUGGACCCCCCACUCCUGAUUCUCCAGCUUCCUCCGAUCUCAACAGAUUCCCCGUACACGGCUCCGACGAUGACGGAUCCGAUGAUGACGGAUCCGAUGCUGACGCUUCUGAUGAUGACGAAUUGGAUGAUGACCAAUCAGAUCAUGUCCUUCCCGAACCAGCACCCAACGAAUACCGCUUCAGGGCCAUUGAAGCCCAGCUUCGCAGCAUCAUUGGUUUCCCAAAUGGUUCGGCGUUUGAUAGCCUCCUUACCGUGGGCGGUCAAAUCGGCCGCUUGGACCAAAGACAAGCUCGCUUGCGUGAUGAUGUCAGGCAGCUUUUUCGGAGAAGAGCAGAUCACAUGGAUGUGUUGAUUCAGAUCUUGCAACGCCUCUACAAUCUAGAAGCCCACGUCCGCUCGAACGCAAAUGCCUCGGGAGGAGCAGGCACCGAAGAGCGUAACGGCCGAACGGAUCAAGUCAGAAAUAGUCCCCGGGCCCCAAAUCCACCUCCGACCCCUCAAACCUCCACCCAAUCUUUGAAUGAGCUCAUUGGGGUCUUACACAGACAAGUUGGGCCUGCGGUGGUGGCGGCAAGACUCCAAGAAUUCACAACCCAAGAACGUGUAGCAAUUAUCACCGCCUGCCGAGAACAGAUUACACAAAUCCGGACUGACGAACUCGCAAUGACAAGCGAUAUCAUAGCGGAGAUGGGAACGACAGACCUUCUCGAAGAACGCGAGUAUCGCGCCAAAAUCGUCCGCACCCUCAACGAACGCCCCGAAUUCAUGGCUUUGAUGGACCAACUGACUCGUAUAUACGCAUUGGUUAAAAUGAUGAAAACUGCUGGGAUUAUGAGCGAGGAUGGCACCCCUGUACCGGCGACUGAUCCCACACAUCCCACCGAAGAGUCCCGUCAGAUGAGUGCCGCGUCAAUCAUGGUUGCUUUGCAGCACUUGCCAAGUCCAAACCCGUCACCUCGCCGUGAGGGAGGGGCCUCUUUCGGAAGGGAAAGUGCUUCCGGCAGUCCGCCGCAUGACUUGGAAGAUCGGCGGAAUGAGGCCCCCAGCGCCUCACCUUCCCCUUUGCCGAACGGUGAUCUGCCGUCCCUAAUGAGCUAUGCAGCUCGCAAUUCUACGACCGAGAUCGUCAACCAGGGUCCAAUGCCAUCUUCUUCAAGCUCAAGCAAACGGUUUCUGGAUGAGGACGCGAGUGACGUAGCCUCCAAACGCCCUAAAAGUCCAGCUUCUUAG